AUGGUUUUAUUGGAUGUUGAUCAGCUGCGAUUUGAAAAGUUUCCUACAAGUUCAUAUAUGGCAAGAAAAUUUUUAGGAAUCAGCAAACAAGAAGUGACAUUUGCUGUGUGUCCAAGCUGUAAUACAUUAUAUAAAGUUACAGAAAUUUUGCCUACUAGGCAUAAAUGCACGCAUGUGGAAUACCCAAAUCAUCCAAUAUGCAAUCAAAGACAACCCUGUAGAACAGAAUUAACAAAUAAGAUUCUGGUAAAUAAUGGAUUUGUCAGAAGACUGAAGAUGUUAUUCCCUAUACUAUCUUUAAAAAUGCAAAUAAUGACGAUGUAUCAGCACCCAGGUUUCGAAGAAUUACUACAAAAAUGGACAAAUCAGAUUACCGAAACAG